UUAUAUUCCGAAAGAAGCAAGAUGGUGCCUUCUAAACUGUGUUCGUCUGUUUUUCGUCAAAAGUUAGUAUGACGACUAGUUUGACUACGACUCGGAGAUUAUACCGCUGUGGAGGUCAAAGGUCAGCUUUGACUAAAGGCUAGGGUCGAAUGCUGGAUAGGCUGCAGCGAACUCAUCAUAUACCAGAGAGGAAAUGAACAAGAACAUGUACACGUAUGACAUCUUUAAAAACACAAAUUACUAAGUGGGGAUUUUUUGUGUGUGAAUAUAUCAAAUUUAUCCAGUGAAAUAUUUCAGUACCUACAUUGUGUGUGUGUAUCAUUCAGAUUUGGAAAAUUUCGACAAAGUCGUAUAAUUUCACAAUGACGUCAGUGGUACUUCAUUUAAAAAACUCCUGUAUGUUAGAUUACGAAAGGACAGGAACAGGGAAAAAGGCAUACAAGUGCAACAUUUGUGGUAAACUGUUCAGUCGUACCAGUGAUCUACACAAUCAUACCAGAAUACACACAGGAGAGAAACCAUUUAAGUGUCACAUCUGCGGCAUGGCAUUUAAACAAGUCAACAGCAUAACGCCACAUCUUCGAACCCAUACAGGAGAGAAACCGUUCAAGUGUGAUGUCUGUGGUAAGAAUUUUGCUAGAUCAACUGACCUACGCAGACACUCCAGGUCACAUACAGGAGAGAAGCCAUACAAGUGUGAUGUCUGUGGGAAGGAUUUUACUGUGGUACGAAAUCUUAUCAUCCAUAAUAGGACUCAUACUGGAGAAAAGCCAUACACGUGUAGCGUCUGCGGAAAGUCCUUAAAUUCAGCAAUUAGCCUGGAGGCACAUGCAAGUUUACAUACAGGUGCAAAGCUGUUCAAAUGUGAUGUCUGUGGAAAGGAAUAUGGUAUGGCACAAAGCCUAAAGAGACAUUGUAAGACUCAUUCGGAGCAGAGAGAAUGUGAGGUUUGCGGUGAAACUUUUACUGGUUCAGAUAAGCUGAAAGAACACUUCAUUGUACAUGAUGGAGAAAGACCCUUCAAGUGUGAUAUAUGUGGCGAUGGAUUUACACAAUCAAGAUAUCUUCGGAUACAUUCCAAGAUACACACAGGGCAAGUUUCCAAGUCGUCAAGCCAGUCAAAGAGUGAAACCACUGGUCAGAUACCUGAAAGCCUACAGUCGCAUAUCAAGGCACAUGACACAGGGGAAUACCAACCACUACACUUUGAGACACACUUCAUGGAAGAAAUGAUAAGUGAAUCAAGAGCAACGACACAGGUGACUGGAGACAUGUACACAGCAAAGAAUCCACCUGAACACCUUGACACAGCUAUUACAGACAGGCUACCGCCAAAUCUUGAGGCUCAAAACACAGAAGAAGAGACACAGGAUACAGGAGAUAACCCAUUGCCAAAUCUGAAGACAAUUGAGACACAUCAUGUGACAGGAAACAGCCUACGCCCACCACUCCUUGAGACAUGUGAUAAAGGAGGAGACAUGAUACAGGAGAAAUUAUUGUCAAACCUGGAGACAUUUGAGACACAUUGUUUGACAGGAGACGGCCUACGCCCACCACAUCUUGAGACACAUGAUACGGGAGAUAAAACUCGGGGGAAUUUAUCGUCAAAGCUCGGGACACUUGAGACACAUCAUGUGAUAAUCAGCCUACCUUCACACUUCAAGACACAUAUUACUGGAGACAGCCUACCGACACUGCUGGAGACACAUGUGAUAGGGAACAGCCUACUCUCCAACCUCGACAUCCACAACACGGCAGACGAGACACAAGAUACAACAGAAAACCUAACAGCAAACUUCGAGACAUAUGAUAUAGGGACUAGCCUAGGCCUACACUCACAUGUACAUGUUGAGACUCGCAUAGAAGAGGAUAACCUUCUGCAACACCUUGAGACACACGAAACAGGAGAGAGCUUGAGCAUGCUUGCCUCACCUUGAGAUGUACGAUACAGGAGAGUCACAGCUUAUUGCCUCACCUUGAUACACAUUUUACAGACGAGAGCUUGAGCAUGCUUGCCUCACCUGGAGACAUGAUACGAUACUGGAGAGAGUUCAAGCUUAUUGCCUCACCUUGAGACAUAUUGUACAGGAACGGGCUCUAGUCUGUAGGCAAAAGCCAUGGGACACACGCUAGAGGAGAGUACUCAAGCGUAUCGGCACACCUUGGGACAUGCAAUACAAGAGAAACCUUGAGUCUAUUGCCACAUCAGGAGAGAGCUUGUCCAAACACCUGGUAUAUGGGUUAGUCUAUCAAGACAACUUGGGACUCGCAAUGCAGGAUAAAGUCUAAUGCAGCACAGAAACACAUUUCAGGUUACAGGAUACAGUAUACCUGAGAUACGAAACAGGAUGUGUGUUUCUAUUGGCUAGUCUAGAAAAAUCUAUUCUCAACGUAUGAUCUCGGAUCAAAUAAAUCUGAAUAAAUGAAUAUCAUAAUGUUACAAUACACAUGGCU